AUGGCAAACGAGGAAGAGAGGGUUCUAGAGAACCUGCUGGAGCUUCAAUUGCAAGAGCAACGAGUCUCUCUCGCUACCAUCAACGACGCUUUAGCCUCCGAGCCUAACAAUACCGAGCUACUCGCGCUUCACGAGGAGAUUGUUCAGGCUAUUAAAGAUGCUGAGGAAGGGCUUCUGCACCUUAAACGUGCUCGGUUGUUACGAGAAGCUGAUUUAGUAUUAGAUGGUUCUGCUCAUGCUGAUGAGGAUGUCAAGGUGGAGACUCUUGAUCCAGCAGAUGUUGUGCUGGAGCCUCUAGAGGAACCGAGCUAUACUGUUGGGUCGAAAUGUAGGUUCCGUCACACUGAUGGGCGCUGGUAUAAUGGUCAAGUUAUAGGGUUGGAUGGUUCUAAUUCUGCUAAGAUUUCUUUCCUCACUCCUACAUCUGAAAAUAUGCUGAUAUGCAAGUUCUUUCUACAACAACGAUGUCGAUUUGGUACUAACUGCCGCUUAUCACAUGGAGUUGAUGUCCCACUAUCCUCACUGAAAAAGUAUACCCCAACAAUAUGGGAGCAGUCAUUUGUUGGGUCAAAUAUUUGGGCAGUCACAGAUGGUAAAACUGGUGUUUGGAGGGAAGCUGAACUUGAAUCAUGGGAUGGUGGUGCGCAUGGUGUUGGGAAAGUUGUUUUCCGAGAUGAUGGAAGCUCUGCAAAUCUUGGUGAAGAAGCUAUUACAUUAUCGGAGUAUGCUCAAAUGAGUGCUGAAGAAGAAAGUGAUUCCAGCUCAGAACAAUCUGAUUUUAGUGACUAUGAAGAUGAGGGCCCACAGGGUUUAGGAUUCAUUGAAAGCACCAUCCUGCAGAGGGGCAUCCAGACAGAUACUGCCAUAUUUGCAAAGUGGGAGAACCACACCCGGGGCAUAGCUUCCAAGAUGAUGGCCAAUAUGGGUUACCUUGAAGGAACGGGUCUAGGUGCAUCUGGGCAGGGAAUUGUAGAUCCCAUCUCUGUGAAGGUCCUUCCAGCAAAGCAAUCUCUUGACCUUGCUGUUGGUUCUCAUGAAGGCGAAGUUGAAGAGGGUAAGGAGAAUCAAGGAAAGAAGCGUAGCCGGGGUGGUAAGAGGAAACGUGAAAAGAAGUUUGCAGCAUUGGCAAGGGCAGCAAAAGAAGAAGAGGAAUCCACACCAGAUGUCUUUAGUCUUAUUAAUAGCCAACUUGCAAUGCAUGGUGAAGCUUUGAAUGGUGGAUCAGGGAAGAAGCAGCAGAACAAAGGUUCAGGGGAGGGGAAGAAAGUUGAUCGACGGGCGUUGGUUGCGUAUGAUGAUGAAGUGAAGGACUUGAAGGUGCGAGUUGUGAAGCUUGAAGAAAUGGCGAGUAGAAACAAAAAAGAGAAGGUGGUUUAUGAGGCUGCAAUGAGGAAAUUGACAGAGACUCGCAAAGCUUUGGCGGAGGCUGAGGCAGCUCAGGCUUCUGCAUCAAAUGCAGUUGUCAGUAGAGAAAAAGAGAAGAGAUGGCUUAAGUUUUAG